AUACCGUUUCAUCAUUUUGGUGUACAAAAACCCAUCUGUCUUAUCUACCGGUGACACAAAACCCAUCCAAAACCCCAAAAAUCGAAGCGACCCGGAAAUGUUGCAGAGCACCAUCGUCUUCUCCACAAUUUCGUACUCAGUCCCACCAUCUCUGUACAGCCCCACUUCCUAUCCGAGUCUGUUACCAUUACCCUUAUACUGCUCUUCAACGCACUCCCACCACAAGCAGCUCUACCUAGGCCUGCAAUGGCGACCGAAAGAACUGAAGAAGAAGGCAACGUUUGUGGCCUCUGCCGCCACUUAUGAAGUCGGAGGAGGUUACCCAGAUGAAGAAUUAGAUGCGCAAGACAGAAGUAAGGUUCUCCAAGAUCGAGGGACUAAGAAAUUUGACCCGUCAGAGUGUGAAGCUCUACUUAAAGGAGGAGAGCAAGUCACUUCCGUUCUCGAAGAGAUGAUUAUCCUUUUGGAAGAUAUGAAUAUGGACGAGGCAUCUGAAGAAGUGGCUGUGGAGCUAGCUGCCCAAGGGGUCAUAGGGAAGAGAGUUGAUGAGAUGGAAUCCGGUUUCAUGAUGGCUUUGGACUACAUGAUCCAACUUGCUGAAAAUGACCAAGAUGAUAAGCGCAAGUCACUGCUGGAAGUGAUAAAGGAGACAGUAUUAUCCCAUCUGACAAAAAAGUCUCCCCCGCAAGUCCAAGUGGUAGGCCUGCUGUGCAGAACUCCUCAGAAAGAGAGCAGACAGGAAUUACUACGCAGAGUUGCUGCUGGCGGUGGUGUGUUUAAAAGCAAGAAUGGAACUAAAGUUCAUAUUCCUGCUGCAAAUCUGAAUGAAAUUGCUAAUCAGGCUGAUGAUUUACUGGAGACAAUGGAAACACGACCUUUUGUUCCGGAUCGAAAAUUGCUUGCAAGACUGGUUUUAAUUAGAGAAGAAGCUCGGAAUAUGAUGGGAGGUGGCAUAUUAGAUGAGAGAAACGAUCGUGGCUUAAGUACUCUUCCAGAGGCAGAGGUGAACUUCUUAACGAAACUGGUUGCUUUAAAACCAGGGAGAGCUGUUCAUGAGAUGAUAAAAAAUGUGAUGCAAGGAAAAGAUGAAGGUGCUGAGACCUCUGGCUCUGAUGAGGAACAUACAACUGCUGGACGGGUUUCAGGUGGACUCACGGGAAGGGCAAGUGUGUCAGGAAGAAAGCCACUUCCGGUUCGCCCUGGCAUGUUUCUCGAGACUGUAACCAAGGUCUUGGGUGGUAUAUAUGCUGGAAAUGUCCCUGGUAUCACGGCACAACAUCUAGAAUGGGUUCAUGAGAAGACACUUCAGGUGCUCGAGGAAAUUGCAUUCUAGAUGUAUUAUGGAAUCAAUUGCCAAUAUGCUUCAAAUCACACUUUAGUUUGGGAUCAGCUGAAGAAAAAUGAUGAAGAUUCAUAGUACUCGUCUAAACAAUAGCAAAACACCAUGUGAAUAAGGGUCCCCACAUAAACAAGGUAUUUUUAUUAGCUAUUUUGCAACAAGUAGUAAGUGGGGUGGGGGCUUGUGAUGAUUUGAAUGCUGUGAGUAGUCGAAGCAUACACAGCAAGGAUUGUUCUACAUUCCCUAAUUAUAUAAUCUACAGCCUUUUCCCCCAUGACCUCUUCAUCCCAAUCCAUAAUUCCCUUUUGUUUAAAGCAAUAAACAAGCAAAUGGGCAAAACCUUCCCACCGACUUGGAUUUGGCACCACGCUAUCUCAUGGCCUCUAUAACCCUACAUUGGCCUAGAAAAUAUAUGGCUACCCCUCUUAUGAUCUCUUCUCCUUGUUCUUCUCCAUAAGAUGAAAACUCCUUUUCAGAAGGAGAAAAGAAAGAGAAAAAAUUGAACUAUUUAGAAAAGUUUUGAGUUGCCCAUUAGCCGUCUUUUCAAACAUAAUCGUAGUGCCUCACAACCAUAAGAAGAUAUGGAAAAUGAUGACCCACAUGUGUCUAAAAUGAUAUUCAAGGCUCGCUUUUGUCAAGGGAUCAAAUAGUUUUUGGGUCACUGAUUUAUCAUCUUAUGGGUGUUUUCAUUUAUUUAUUAAGUGUAAUGAUUUUGGUAAAAGGUGAUAUCAAAGUAUGGUCUGUAAUGAUGACUGUGUUGAUACCCUUCACAUGAGAAAAAAGAUGGGUUUAUUUACAUACAAACGUAAUGGUUGUGUUAUUCA